AUGGGGAAGAAAAACUCCAUGCUGACCCUGUUAAAAUGUGACCUGUGCUGUAUGUUUUCUACCAAGAAUGCCUAUAUCUUCAAGCGCCACAAGAUCCGAUGUAAACGUGAGAGGUACACAGAGGCCCAUGCCCCUAAACAAGACAAGGUGAAAUUAAAAUUUUCAGGUGCCUCAUUGUUUGCAUCAGCCUCAACAUCCAGAUUACCAAAACUUGAACUAGAAGAGCCCAGUUCUCCAGCAGAUGAGGGCGUUGAAUUGCCUUUGGAAUCGAGUGACUGCAAUAAUCAGACUGAAGAAGAACCAGCUUCUAUCAGUUCACCACCAACUGAAACCUAUCGAAAAGGAAAUGUAUAUUGUAGAACAUACCGUUGUACAGAGUGCACUUACUGGACCAACAAGUCAAAGACUUUCCUGUAUCACCUUAUUAACACCCAUCAUAAAAACCUCAGUAUCUUCUCCUGUAACUUCUGUGAGUAUGCCUGCAAGCACCGCCACAAAGUACAGCGCCACCUUAAGUUAGUUCACCGCUACAAUAUUGAUAUUGAUGAUGUCAAAAUUGAAUACCAAACUGAAAUUGCAGCUGCCAAUUACAAGAGCAAAUCUCCAAAAACACCAGCAGAAAGCCCUGUUAAAAACAUUGCUCCACUGAAAGUGAAAAUUGCCCUGACAACUACUGCCGGUCGACAAGCAGCCCGCGGUAAAGACAUCUUACCUGUUGGCUAUGAAAACCACAUAGUGGAGCUGACAUCAGGAGGCAAGAAACUCUUCAAGUGCAAAUACUGUCUGUUCAACAAUGCUGACAAGUAUCGUGUGUCUAAACAUGUACAGUGUAUACACAUCAAUGCAAGGACCUACAAAUGUAACAUCUGCAGCUUUACUACGGUUAAGAAGAAAGACUAUUAUUCCCACAAGUCCAAACACAGCGGUAAAACUGCAUACAAGUGUAUGGAGUGCGACUAUACUUCUGACUUCAAACCAAAUUUAGACCGUCACAGACUCAACCACACCAACAAUUACAGCAUCAAGUGUAAAUUCUGUACCUACUCAUGUGACCAUGAGGGUACUGUCAAGCGUCAUAUGGCCAACAAUCACACUAACAGUGCUGAAAAUGUGUCCCUGAUUUUCCCUGAUGCUGACACUUCUGUUGAAUGUACUAUUGAUGAAGCUCCUCCCGAUGGUGUGAAGCUUACAGUAGCCUCACCAGUUCUUGGCAAACAGAAAGGUACAUCUUUGAAUAUAUCUGACAGUGAAAUUUUAAGUGAGGGAAUUCCUAGCCUUCAGACAGUAGAGGGAAGCUUCUUCUGUCCCCUUUGUGGGCUCAAGUACAAACGUUCUUCUGACCUGAAUCGCCACAUGAAAUUAAAGCAUAAGAUGACUGUGAAACAGUAUCUACAAGCAGAGGUUGAGCAGCAGCAAGAGGAGGCUGGGGAUGGACCAUUGGACCUUUCUGUGUCCUCCAAAGAUGUAGAUGAUAUUACGGACAAGGACAGUCUCAAAUGCUGCUACUGUACCUAUAUCGCAAAGUGGCCCAGUGAUCUGCAACGUCACAUGGUCGUUCACACUGUAGAGAAACGAUAUAAGUGUCCACACUGUAAUAAACAAUACAAGUAUGUUGGUGACCUUAAUGUCCACCUCAGACGGGAUCACAAAAAAGAGCCUGGCUCAGUCAAACAUGUUAAGGUUCCUACUAUUCCUAACCGCAAGUCCUCACCUGCUAUAUUUAAAUGUCCAUCUUGUUCGUUCACAUCUCCAUGGAAGUCAGAGGUUGAUAGACACUCCAAACUCCAUAAGGGUGACAAACCCUUCUGUUGCAAACAUUGUGUAUACCAGACACACUGGAAGGGCGACAUUCGCAGACACAUGUACAAACAUCACCCGGCUGUCAUGGUGGAUGAUGUAGUAUUGGAUGAUGUUAUCACCAUCCUGACAGACAAGCUACCAGGAAAGGACAAGGAUGUUACUGAACCAUUGGAUGGUGAGAAAAUGGAGAUUGAAAGCAAUUCUAGUCGUGACACAGACCAGGUAUUUGAUGAAGAUGAUGAUGAUGACAGUGAUUCAGAGUCCUCACCAUUGAAAGCAUCGCCGUCAGGUCUAUAUCGCUGCAAUUACUGUGACUUUAUUACCAAUGCGAAAUCCAAGCUAAAAGCACAUGUAUCAACCCAUACAAACCUGAAGCAAUACAUGUGUCCUGUAUGUGGACGACGUGCCAACUGGAAGUGGGACAUCAGGAAACACAUUAGAAAGGAUCAUCCAGACACUGUCCUUGACGUGGUAAAACUCAGCCGGCAGGAGGCUGAAGCCACCAUCCAGACGUAUUUGGACACCAUGCCAGUGGUGCGUCGAGAUCACCACCUCAAUGUUCCUGCUACCAAUGAGGAGGAUGGAGAGGCAGGCAAACCUGGCAACAGUUUUGUCUGUAGUGCCUGUGAUUACAACUCUAGUACUCGUGUCGCUGUGAGUAGACACAUUCGUAACUCACACAGUGGUUUGAAUGUAGACAUCAUCUGCUUGGUCGAAGAAGAUAUGUCCACUCCAGUAGUGGCUUCUGAUACUUCCACAAGCAAUCUUCCACCAUUUUAUGUAUCAGAACCAGGAGAUAAAGACAAGCCUUACAAAUGUGUGGAAUGUGGAAAAACUGGAAAUAUUAAAGCCGACAUUAGAAAACACUACCAUUAUAGGCAUCCUAACCAGCCUAUCAAAAUUUGGUACACUGACGAUAGUGGGACUAAGAUGCUUCCAGAAGAACCUCCCAUACCACGCAACAACAAAAGGAAGUUGUCAUCAUCCUCAUCCACCUCAAGCAUGCCUAGUCUUAUUAAACCAUUUAUGUGUGGGGAUUGUGGAAAACGUAGUGCUACAAAGGCAGAUAUUAAGAAGCACUAUAACUAUAUCCAUCCAGGAUUGGAGGUAAGGGUGUUUUACCAAGAAAAUCCAAAUGCACCACAUGACAGAUUUAAUACCACGGUACCAAACAGUCCAACAACUCCUGUCUCAUCUCCAGCAAAGGGGCCUUCACCUGGCAGACGGCCUUAUAGUAAUUAUCCUGGAGGACUGCCUAUUGCUUCAGCUGAUCCGAAAGUAUUUGGCUACUGUAAGCCAUUCCAGUGCUCUGACUGUGGACGCCGGUCCAACUGGAAAUGGGACCUAAAUAAACACAUUAGAAUGAAACAUCCUGGCAGUACGACAGCCCAUAUGAUCGCACUGACAGAGGCAGAUGCUCGUGCUACCCAUGAUGAGUAUAUGGCACAGUUCAGCCAGACCACUCAUGUCUCCAGUGCAUACAAAAAGGCAGUAAUGCAGGAAGCUGAGAAGGCAACCAAGACAACAAGUCCACAAAAUGUACCUAGCAAGGGAGUCUACAAGCAAUUCAAAUGCUCUGGAUGUCCUUACAGAUCUAACUGGCGAAGUGACAUUGUACGCCACACGAAACGUAAACAUGGCGGGCGCUCCAGACUGGUUGUCAUGGAUACAGAGGAGGCAAAAGUGUCAUUGAUGGAAUAUAACUACAAUCCAAGGAAAAAAAGAGAGGCUGAUGAAAAUUCUCAGUCGAAAAACAACAGUGGUCUAUCAAAUAUAUGGAAGUGUGGAAAAUGUUCAUUCAAAAAUCUUGACAGAACUGUUGUGAUCAACCAUCUUAGUAUGCACAAUGUGAAGGCCUACAAAUGUUCUAUCUGUAACUAUGCCACCAACUAUCGAAGCUCUGCCUGUAGACAUAUUCGGGUCAGGCAUCAUAGUGAAAAUUUGUCCCUCUGUAGGUCUGCUAUCAAAUGUGUCAAGCAAGGCAAGGAUGGGCAGAUGAUGGAGCCAAUUGACAACAGAGAAAGGGAGGACUUUGACUGGAAGGACGCAGAGCCAGAUGAUCAUUAUGAUAUGUUCAAGUGCAAAUUGUGUGGAUUUCAGUCCAGCUGGAGAUCUUGUGUCACAAGGCAUCUGCGCGAGAAACACAAAGGUGGAGGAAGCAAAGGAAAAGUGCUUAGAGUACGAAAGUAUUUCAAGGAUGAAAAAAGAUCCAAAGGUGAGGUUCGUGUCACAGAGCGGCGAUUCAAGUGUGAUGUAUGUCCCUACCGUACUGACAAGUCCAACCUACUGCAGUUCCACAUGAGCUGUCACAAGGCCCAGCCAGGUGCCCAACAGGUCAAGUGUCCUUAUUGUCCAUACUUUGUUGUGGCUCAGAGACUUCUCCGUCAGCAUAUCAAACUUCAUGAGGGAAAUGUUUAUAAAGAAACUACUACAAGUACUACCAAAGAGGUGGUUUUCCCAACUCCCACAACACCCGUUAAGACUGUUGCGCCUAGUAUUCCUACCACUCCGAAGCGUCACCGCUGUGAGAAGUGUCCUUACACCAGUAAUAGUAAGAAUGAUUACCUCUACCACAAGCAGUUCCACAAGCCAAAGGAGAAUGCAGAGUUCAAGUGUCAUUUGUGUGACUACUGGGUAACACACCGACGUUUGCUUAAGCAGCACAUGAAAGUACAUGAGAUCAAUCACCAAUCGCCUGCAGCAAAGAGCACUAACAGCUCAGCACAAUCCUCACCCUGCAAAUCGGACUUUUCAGAGUCCAGUAGUAUCUAUGAUAUGGUACAGCUUGCCAACUACAAACAGAAAGUCAUCGCCUCUAAGAUAAUGCCGAGUAUAUCCCAGAAACCCCUGAUGUCUCCCAUGAAGAUUGCCUGCUCAGUUGGUAACAAGCCUGGUUAUGUGUUCAGAAAUGGUGUCUACAAGAAACUUCAGAAGUGUAAGAAAUGUCCCUACAUGACUGUUCGUCUGAGGAACCUCAAAUUGCAUGAAAUGAUGCACAAUGUCCGGAUAUCAAGGAACCCUCUGUUGAAAUGUCCCCAUUGUGACUAUUAUGUAGGUUCCAAGGGCUUAAUUUCCCAUCAUCUCAAGGUGCACCAGCCUGGAUACAUGAUGGAUAUCUCUGACACUACAAUCUCUGACCUUGAAGCCAUUGAAGGAGGUGGUGCAGAAGAGGAUGUAGAUGACAAGUCAGAUAUCGUUGACAUCCCAUAUGAGAGCAAAGUGGACACACUUUAUGAGAUAGCCAGGUUCAAGAAAUAUAGCUGUGAAAAAUGUCCCUAUGCCAGUGCAAAACGAUCGCAUUAUGAGCACCAUGUGGAACUUCAUGGCAGUAAGCAGCGAUGUGGAUGUAGAUACUGUGACUACAGUGUGCCUUCACAGAACCUGUUAGCCCAGCAUGAGAAGCUACAUAGAACUCCCAACCAGAAUCUUAUGGUUGCCCAGUCUUUAUCAAAUCUUCUACAGCUACCUGAGGUCCCUGCAGACGUUGCUUUGGCCAGUGCUCUGCCACCUCUAGACACGAAAGAAUCAUUCACUGUCAAUGUCACUCAUGAUCAUCUGGAGCUGUUUGAAAAUUCAGCUGAUUCCGAAUCUGAACCUAAAAAGCUCUAUCGCUGUGAUCGCUGUCCCUAUGCUAAUGUUCGACGUGACCACUUGCUGUCUCACCUUAAAUUCCACAUGAUUCGCAGUGACCUGGCAUGUCCCUACUGUGAUUACACGGCAUCCAAACAACACCUACUGACUCAACACAUCAAAGUCCACUUCUCUCCUCUACCCGAGCUCUCCAACUGGCUAGCUCAAAAUGGACAGAUGGAUCGAAUGAAACAGUCAAAGGAACCUGAUAUCACAGAAGCUCUGUAUGUGGCACAGUUACUUCAAGGGGAGAUAAAAAAAGAGGCCUGUAGGAAAAAUAUGGAAAAUGAUCACUCCAAGAAUGAAUCAGGAGAGCAGAUCCCUAGUACUGCAGAGUGUAGUCUGACUGACAUCCCAUCUAGUAGUUCGGACUGUCAUUUGUCAACAACAGAACCAGUGGCAGUCAAGUCACCCACAGAAGUUGAGAAUGUUGCAACAGAAAAGCCUUCUACUGACAAUGGCUCUGAAGUUUCCCAGACUGAGGUAUCUCUCCCAUCUGUUGAUGAUGAUUCAAAAGCAAUCAACACUGCCUCAGAAGUUGAAACCCCUGAGUUAAACCAAACAUCAAAAGCAGCCAGCUGUCCUGUUGAGAAUGGGACAUCUUCUAAUGGAGAUGGUCAGACAGAGUCUGCUAUGCUGACUGACUCACCAGAGGUCACUGAGGUCAACGUUAAACUGGAGGAGCCUUGUAAAGUCGACAGUUACAUAUGCCAGUACUGUGAUCGGGAAUUUACUGCCUCGGGACAGCUUGUUAUGCAUGAGAUGCAGCACCUGAUUGGCAAUAACUUCAAGGACUACCUUGUGGAAUGUUAUACCAAGACUGAAAAACCAGAAGAGUUGACAAAUGGGGAGGGCAAAAAUAACGAAAAAACUGUUGAAGCAGGAAUGGUAAAAGAUGAUAUCGUAAAUGGUGAAGAAACCAAAUGUCCACAAGAAGAAAAACCUGUACAGAAUGGGGUCGGUGAUAAACUGAUGGAAGAGCCAAAAAUAAAUGGGGAGGAGCUUGUACAUACAGAUGAAACAGACAAUCAAUUGCAGGAGGAAAAACCUAUGGAAACUGACCUAUAGUAUUGCACAGUAAAGUGAUGGGAUUAUUUCAAUCUGAUAUGAUCAAGAAAUACCUUUCUUUAUAUUUCGUAAAUGUGAGUUUUUACAACUGAAUGCUAGUCUUGAUACUUGACUGAUAUCAUGACAGAAAUUCAAUUUCUUUUGUGAUCUUGCAAAUUCACAAAAAAGGUUGUUACAAUAUUUCAGGAGGAAGGUUGUGUAAGGAUCCUGUACUGUGAAAGUUUUCAAAACAAUAAUCAGUGUCAUUAGAACAUGACUUUUGGAUUGUUCCUUAGCUGUGUCUUACGUAAAAGGAAAUAAAAUUCAUGAAACAAGUUUUGAUAUCACCUCAACUUAUGUCUUGGAAACUCAGGAGAUUUCUUGGAAGUGAUAUUUUUUUCUUUGCAGGAAUUAUAAGUCAAAAAAUAUCACAGGAAUAAGUGAUUUACAAUAAUGUGGAACAGAAAUAUUUUUAGUGUGACCUGCUGGCUGAACACAGCUGUCUCAGACGUUCUCCCCAUCUGCAAUGUCUACUUGGCAUGAAACUUGUGUAUGCAAGUAUGUAAACUGAUCACUGUACCGGAUAUAGAGAGCUUGUUUGUUUAUUGACAAAAAGAAAGGAUCUGCAUAAAUUUAAGCAUCACAACCAUUAAGGUCAUUAGCAUGUCUAAUGAUUAGUGUGUGAGGCAAGUUUUUCAAUGUCUGAUAUGUACAUAGUUUGUAAGGCAAGGUUUACUAUGUCUCUGAUAUGUAUGUAAUUUGUAAGGCAUGGUUCACAGUAUUUUAUGCAAGAAUUAUGUAGUGCAUUUUUUCUUGUGCAGUUAAAGCCAAAAGUUCACAAAAACACACAGGAGAAAAUGAGACACUGACCGGUGCAAUACAGGACAUCAGACCAGAAUGUAUUUAUGUCGUGUAAUUUGGGGCCUUAUUAUAACAGUUGUUAAUUGUAGAUCACGCAGAUUUGAUAACAUACACAUGGUGCUUUUGUUGUAGAAAUUGUUUUUUUUCGCAAGUGAACAAAGUAUAAGGUAUUAAUUCUACUGAUAUUAAGGAUGUGAGAAUGACUUGUCUUGGCUUUGAUAAAGUAAACUACUGAUGAUCUGAGGUGUGGAAUAAUACAGAAGAAUUAGUUUAGAAUCAUAUAUUUUUGUGUGGUUCAGUUUUUGUGAUGGUUUCUCUUUUCAAUAAAUCACUAUCUUAUGUACCCUUAUGUUCGUGGAUAAAUAUUGCUUAACAAAGCUACUUUUAAAAUUUUAAGGACAUAUGAAUUCAUUGAUUGAGAGUACCGACAAAAGCAACAAUAAAUCCUCCUUGAAAAUUGAUCAUUUUCCUGUAUUUUAUCUUAUGUAUGAUUUUGUUUUCUUCAUAGCUAAAUUAGAAGCUUUUACCUGGCUUAAGAUUUAAUAUGGUGUGUUGGAUAACACACUUGCUUUUCAUCAAAAUUUGGCCACCUCAAUUUGACUAGUAAGAUUAUUGGGUCAAAUUCCAAACCACAUAGUUCUAAGUGUUUUCAGGCUUUCUCCACCAUGAACUUCCAUCCAAGCCAGUAAAAAGGAUAAAUGAAAUAAAGUUGAACUUUAAAUUAUAACUUUAAGACACUUGUAUUUGGUCAGAUAAUUUCCGUGCAUCACAUGUCUUGAAAAUCACAGGUUAGUUUUGUGGAUGUCAGCCUAACCCAGAUCAGAUGAUAACAUUGAUUUGUGAAGUUAUUUAUUUGUCAGAUGUAAUUACCACAGUAUUUAUAGCCUAAUAAGCUUAGCAUGCCCCUACUUAUUGUAGAGUGUUCUAGUGUCCACACCCAGUGUUGGUAAUGGUAGAUAAUGUUUAUAGAUAUGUAAGGGCUUGAGAAUGGUAAAUAUUAAAGGUCAAAUAAAUUCACAUGUAUGGUUAUAGGGAAUAUUUGACAGUAAGGGGAUUUAAGCUAAAUACAUAGCCACAAUUUUUGGUAGAUAUAUCAAUAUUUAGACCUUAGUAGGUAAUAAAUAUAAACAUGAUAAAUGUAAAAGGUAACCAAAUUUUAUACUGCAAUUAAAGCUCAUGGGGUAUAAACAUUAUCUUUUCUCAAGGCGAGAGAGAGAAGGGGGGGGGGGGUG